GUCAUCAUGGUCGGGCCUGGUACUGGUGUUGCUCCUUUCCGUGCAUUCAUUCAGGAACGAGCUGCUCUGGCUGCCAGGGGCGAGAAGGUUGGACCGACAGUCUUGUUCUUUGGCUGCCGCAACCGCAACGAGGAUUUCAUGUAUCAGGAUGAAUGGAAGGUAUGUUCUGGCUCUCCUGACCUCUUUUUAGUAUGCACUUGAGACUCACCAAAUAAUUCCUAUAGAUUUACCAAGAACAGCUUGGUGACUCGCUGAAGAUCAUCACUGCGUUUUCUCGCGAAUCUUCACAGAAGGUGUAUGUUCAGCAUCGCUUGAGCGAGCAUGCCGAACUCGUCAGCGACCUUCUCAAGCAGAAGGCAACC